CGCACUCCAAAUUGUUUUGUUAUUAUUAUAAACUCGGCGGCAAUUGUAAUUUUUCACCACUCGCGAAUCCAGCGCGCAUUUCAUAUUUCGCUUGACUUGCGAUCGCCUUUUAUUAUAUUUUCCGUACAAAAUUGCAAACACACAUUGGCAUGCAAAAACAGAUAAUUGAAACUCGCUCGCUUAUUGACCCAGUAAACGUCGCGUCCGUUGUUUGUCUCGCAUUUUUGUUUGUUUAACCAUUUUCUGCCAUAUAUGUAUGUAUGUAUGCAGCGCAUCGAAUAGAAUAAUUGCUGCUCAUGUCGCUGUCGCAGUUCGUGGAGUACACGGAGCCCCAAUGGCGCGAACUGAACAUGCGCGCCCUUCACGUGGAUCAGGCCUAUAUGUAUGUUAGCUCGAACUAUUUAGCGCCCUCUUAUCUCUACACCCUCUCGGAUGAAUGCUAUUCGUGCCCAUAUACGAGAGUGAAAGCUUUGCCAGCCGUUGAGGAUCAGUCACUAUCGUCGACAAAUGAGCCGUUAACGCUCAGCACGGCAUUUGCUUUAAAUUUCAAAAUCUAUGCGGACGAUCAGGGUCACUAUGCCUACGACAAUGUCUCAUCGUUGUGUACACUUCGCACAAAGCUGCAAGAGUUCGGCGUCUAUAAUCUCACGCUGCAGUUGAACGGCAGCUGUAACUUCGAUGUGGACAAGGAGGGCGUGCCGAUAUACUACUCAUUCCUCGGCGUGUGGCUGCUUGUUGCCGCUCUGCUGAUCGUGUUGCGGCUUGGCUGGUGCGCCUGGCGUUGUGCCCGCUAUGAUGAGGCGGCGGCUGUUGCUGAUAGCAUCGGUGAAGCAGCAAGCAAGGCCACGCAGCGGAAACGCAUGCGCAGCCUGGACACGUUUCGCGGGUUGGCCAUCGUGCUGAUGAUUUUUGUGAAUAGCGGAGGGGGCGGCUAUUGGUGGAUUGAACACGCCACAUGGAAUGGCCUGCACGUUGCCGAUCUCGUUUUCCCCUCAUUUCUCUGGAUCAUGGGCGUCUGUGUGCCGCUCUCGGUACAUUCCCAAUUGGGCAGAGGCGUGAGCAAAGCACGCCUGUGCCUGCGCAUUACCUGGCGUGCCUGUAAACUUUUUGCCAUCGGCCUGUGCCUCAACUCAAUCAAUGGACCCCAGCUGGAGCAGCUGCGCAUCAUGGGUGUACUGCAGCGAUUCGGCGUGGCAUUCCUAAUCAGUGGCAUUCUCCACACCCUCUGCAGUCGACGCCAGCAUAUUGUGCCUCAGCGGGCCUGGCACCGUGCCAUCUACGAUGUGUGUCUCUUCAGUGGAGAGCUGGCUGUGCUCUUGGCCCUGAUUGCUACAUACUUGGGACUAACAUUCGGACUGCCCGUGCCCGGCUGCCCUCUUGGGUAUCUGGGCCCUGGCGGCAAGCACGACUUGGCUGCUUACCCAAACUGCAUUGGUGGCGCCGCUGGCUAUAUUGAUCGCCAAGUACUAGGGAACGCGCAUAUCUAUCAGCAUCCCACGGCCAAGCACGUAUACGAUUCAUCGGCAUUCGAUCCAGAGGGCGUAUUUGGCUGUAUUCUGUCCGUAGUUCAGGUGCUGUUUGGAGUCUUUGCAGGCGUUACAUUGCUCAUACAUCCCACCUGGCAGGCACGAAUCAAACGCUGGCUCAUUUGCGCCGCCUUGCUGGGCAUAAUCGGUGGAGCACUGUGCGGGUUUUCGAAAGAGCAUGGCAUCAUACCCGUCAACAAGAAUCUCUGGUCAAUCUCAUUCGUAUUUAUCACCGUUGCCGUGGCCUACACAUUAUUGUCCUUCCUCUAUUACGUGAUCGAUGUACGCCAGUGGUGGUCCGGCCAUCCAUUCACGGAGUCCGGCAUGAAUGCCAUCAUCAUGUACGUGGGCCACACAAUCAUGCACAAAAUGCUGCCCUGGCAUUGGCGCAUCGGGGCAAUGAACACUCAUUUUGUCCUGCUGCUGGAGUCGGUGUGGAACACACUUAUCUGGAUCGCAAUAGCUCUGUAUUUGGAUUCACAGGAGUUCUAUUAUAGUCUGUAAUCGAUUUUCCCCCCUCCCCAUAUUGACUACAAAAUUGUUAAUUAAUGUGUGCUCCAUAGCUGCACAAGGCAAGCCAGUAUUGAAAAGGUGUUUUAUGUAAUUCCCGUCUAGUUUGUCAAUAAAGUGUGAUUUUUAUAGAGCAA